CAAGUUCACUCUGAUUGCUCAAUAGAAAAAAAGGUGUCCUCAAGGGUUUGGAAGAUCUGGAAAAAUCCUACAAUUGGUACUGAAGUGGAACCUGGUCCAAAAGGGGCCUGUUUCAGGCAAACUUAGGAAACUUACUAACCAAAGUUUUCCUCCAAAGUCCUGACUACUUCCUGUGGGGCCAUCAUGGCAGGUUUUCAGCCAGCAGGCACGUUUCCGGGUUCCUCGCCCUCUUCCCUCUUGAGUCGUCUUCUGAUUCCGGGGGGUCCACCACGCCGUACUCUGGACUCAAUUUGGCGUUUAGUGCCAUCAUCUGAUUCAUCUUCUCUCUGGUAACUGCUGACACAUUAAUAGCGUUGGAGGCCAUGCAGAAGCCGUCGUAUUUUAGCGCGCGUUCAAAGUCGUCCUUUUGGUUAAAAAUGAGAAACGCCGUGUCCGUCCUGCUGAGGUUCUUGUCCAGCAAGUGUUGGAUUUUGGAGUUUGCCAUGUGAGGAUAUCCGAGCAGAUCUCUUAAUUCUGUCUUUGUUGUCCUAACAGAUAUAUUGCACACCAUGACGAUGUACUCUUUAAUUGCCGGGGGAGUCUUAAUUCGGGGCUUUUUGGGGGCGUUGCAUUUCAACGACGCCGGCAGCUUGUUCUCUGAUUCAAAAUGGCGCUUCCGUUUGUGGUUGGCUGCAUCCGCGAGAGAGCCGUGUUUGAGUUUGGCUCGUCUCACUGCUGCAUUUUCACAUUCUUGUAACGCUUCGCUCCACAUUAGCGCCGUGGCGGUGCGCACCUCCACGCAAACGGCCCCCAUGGAGCGAUGGUUGAACCCUAAAGCAGCCAAAGCAUCGUCGACAUCCCUAAACUUGACCAAGCACACGCGUCUGUUUUGCAACUUGACAUUAGCCACCACUUCCUGCACCUUCAGCCCUUCAAAGAAAGUACAAAUGUCCUUCUUCGUGGUGGAGGGUGGCGGUCCCGACAGCCUCACGUAACCUGGCGGUGGCGGCGCUGUCUGGUGCCUACGCUCUGGUGGUUUACCCAUGUUAGGAUCCUGCCAAUCAAGUCCUGGCAAAAUGUCCUGGUGCUCAUUUCCAUAGCGAUGCUGCAGCUGUUCCAAAGCGGUGAAAACGCCGAGAAAAAACGCAUCGUGUAAAGACUCUGAAGAUGGAUGCUGACUGCAAACGACAGGUGGAUUGGUUCUGGGAUGGUCUGGCUCGUCAGGAGACUUUGGACACCUGGGAUCGUGGAGCUUGUUGCACACCUGCGGAGGAGACCCACCGGUGCGUGGAUCUUCAGGAGCCUUUGGAAACCUGGGAUCGUGGAACUUGUUGCACACCUGCGGAGGAGAUCCACCGGCAACACAAUGUGGAAUGGUUCUACCAGUGCGUGGAUCUUCAGGAGCCUUUGGAAACCUGGGAUUGUGGAGCUUGUUGCACACCUGCGGAGGAGAUCCACCAGCAACACAAUGUGGAAUGGUUCUACCAGUGCGUGGAUCUUCAGGAGCCUUUGGACACCUGGGAUUGUGGAGCUUGUUGCACACCUGCGGAGGAGAUCCACCAGCAACACAAUGUGGAAUGGUUCUACCAGUGCGUGGAUCUUCAGGAGCCUUUGGACACCGGGGAUCAUGUAGCUUGUUGCACACCUGUGGAGGAGAUCCACCGGCAAUGGUCCCACAAGUGUAUGGAUCGUUAAGACUCUUUGGACACCCACUCGGGACAAAACAUGGAACAGAUUUUGGACUUCCUGGUUUGGGAAAUAAAGGUGGAGAUAUUCCGGGACUCUGUGGCUGUGGACAAUCACCAGUAACAAAAGGUGGUGAGCUUAAGGAAUCUUGAGACUUGUCCGAAGUCUGAAAUCCACUAACAGAAUAUGAAUUCGCGAGGGAAAGGGUUAAAACAGUCCUUGGAUCAGAGAGUCCAUCACACAAGUGCUGUGGAUGAACGCUAGAGGGCGCCAGAGUCCCUUCAGGUGUCUUUGUAGGCUUUGAACUUGACUUACUGGCUGAAUGAUUCCUCCUCUUCAAAACGUACUUUAGCUUGUGUUCCAGUUCUGAAAUAUCACUCCGUCGUAUUUCCACCUUGGAGCCUUUAAGAGGACGCCCAGUGUAGCGGGUGGCUCGUCCAGCCUCCUUCUCGGAGGCGAAGGCAAUAAACGCCUCACGCUGGGUUCCUCCCAGGAUGUAGACGCCACCGCUCGGGAUGUGGAAGCGUUGAAAAAAGUGUCGGAUGUCCUCCGCGCCCGCUUUUUUAUCCAGUCCCUUUAAUCUGACGACGCUGCUUCUCAUUUUUGACACAGGCGGGUACUUUCUGAAAGACAGGCUGAUAAUGCCGCUCCUAACUACGAGCCGUUACCCGACGAGGUAGCCGAGCGCCGAGGCGACGCGCUCGCCUUCUGUCUGGUCCGGAAAGUACCCACAACAAGUACGUAUCAAGCUAUUUAUACCCUCAGUUGCACUCGCUUUCCCUCGGGCGAUGCAAGUGUUCCACACAACACAAUAACGCCACUCAGUGGACGGGAGGACCAAUUAUAACAGUUUGCUUUUCCAUCUUUAAAGAUUUUUUUUAAAGAAGUCUUUAUUUCUUUGACUCACUCUCCAGCCCGUACAUAAGUUAUUUUAAAAAUACCGAUAUCCUGUGUACUUUAAUUCUUCUACAUGUUCGGUAGGUGGAUUACUUCAUCUUCAAUUUAGUAUCGGAUUUAUUUUGAGUGUUGGACCACAUUAAGCUAAAUUACUGCUUGGAAAAUUAACUUUACAAGUCUUUCAAAUUCAUAGACCGGAUCUAUAGGACAAGAUAAAAUGUAUAUGUGGUAUUAAUUUACUUUAACUAUCAGCAGACGACAUUUCAUUCAAAUUUAAUUGUUUAUUUUUGUUUUGGGCCCGCAAAUACGAGGACCGUAUCAGAACGAUUCUAAAUGGGCGGACAUUUCCGGAGGAACCAGGAAGAGAGGAGACAAUAAAAGUUUCCCGCCUUAAGCGUGAGCUAGCAAGUUGAGACAUGUAGAUGUGUUAGCAGAUAACAGUUAGCCCAACACAAACUGUUGUUUCCAGUUUCCAGCAAGAAAAGAGGAAGCCACAUCAGGGGAUGCUUCUGAAACAGUAUUUUAAUACACCUCAUGGUAAUUAUCUUUGACUUUGUAUCAACAAGGAACUUUUUAUCAUAUAAAAAAUAUUGAAUGGAUAAAUUUAGUUAUAUAUUAGCAUGCUAACGAUACACUCCUUUGAUAAAAAUCAAUAUGGAGAUUUUUUUAACCACUCAUAUUUCUGCUACAUCCAUAAAUGAUACAUUUUCACAUCUUCCCUAACCAGAAGCUGAUACCAUUGUUUGUUGAGAAUUCUGUAGCAAUGAAAAUUUGGGGCAAAAUUGUCCAGUGAUCUACUGCUUCCAUCAACGGCGACCAGUCCAGGGUGUACGCCGCCUCUCGCCCAAAGUCAGCCGGGAUAGGCUCCAGCAUACCCCUGCGACCCUGAUGAGGAUAAGCGGCAUGGAAAACAGAUGGAUGAACAGAAUUCACUGACGCAAGUAAACACACAAUCUAUGGUGAUGAGAUGCUUGCUGAGUUUUGUUCCACGCUAACUAUAUUAUGAUAUAUAUUAGGGAUGUCCGAUAUUGGCCUUUCUGACAAAAAACGAUAUGACAUAUACCAUUUUCAAUAUCGGUUUUCAUGAUUGAUAUCACGCUGAUAUCAAUACUGAUAUUUAUCCGACAUCCCUAGUACACACACUCUUGGCAGGAACUCCUAUACUCCAUAGCAUGCAAAUGAAUGUCAUUACAACAGAAAGGAGAAAUUCUUGUCACUCCCUUGAUGGCUCCCUCAUAUAUGGGGGUUAGCCUACACACCCAUUGUUUUGUCAUGGUUUGUCGCACCCAUGCUAGACAUGCUAGACCUCUUUGAGAGGUCAAUCAUUUGGUGAUUGAUGUCCCCCUGUCCCGUGAAGGGAGUGCUUUGAUCAUAUGAUCAAAUAAUCACCUCCUCAGGUACCGUCCCCAACUGUCCCAGUUUACAGCCAGCCUCCUGCUGUGCCCGCUAUCCUUGAAGGGACAGCAGGAUGUGAUCGGAUACAAACGUUGAAGCUCUACAAAAGGCUUUAAAGUAACCCAACCCAUAUAAAACCUGUGAAAUAUACAUUUGCUAGACAGUUGCUGGAGCCUGAAUGAAUAAGCAGACACACAAAGGGGGGGGCGCACUGACAUGGAUGUGUGUGUCCCGGUGUUUGUCAACAACACACCACCUCAUCGUCGGCGAGUUCAACAACAGGAAAAGCAAGUUAGCAUAGCUGAAGUGUCUACAUCAGCGAGCAACGCAACACUGGCCUCUACUCAAGGGAGCAGAGGAAAAUCAGCCUGCAAAGUCUUACUAUUACUACUAUGUAUUAUUACUUUUCAAUCAUACUGUUGUCGAGUGACCUGGAAAACACCUCCUUCCAUGGGCCGGUGAGGAAGAUGCUUACAUUAACAGCAUAACAAUAGGCAUAACAUAGUCCAAACAACAUAAAGAAGUUGUAAUGAUCAGGCAACAGAAAACAGUCUAACAUGCUCAACAUAUCUAUCGCUUUUAGACUAAGUAACCACAUAACACACAAGUUAGUUGAUACCUCAUAUUAAGAUAUGUGCAUUAAUAGGGAACAGCACGCACACACAUACUUGCUCUACACCACAACAGGGACUCUUGCAUUACUAUCGCCACGCUGUGCACUUUCAAUAAUGUGUCAAUCAGUAUUGUGCUUGUGUUUAUUAAUGUGUCAAUCAGUAUUAUGCAGUAACAUGAUUUUUGGAACAAUAUGUCCUAUGGUCAAAGUUGAUGUCUAAAUAUACCAGCAGGAUGUCUCAUGGCUGUAUGAAAGAAUAAGUAUAAACAUGUUAUGAAACAAUGUCAUUAAAACUGCCGUUAUGAGCUCCAAUAUCACACGGGGCCGCCUCUGCAACGCCUCGGCUGUUAAUACCUGGGUGAGUCUCUCUCGCCCCUGACUAAGAGGCCUCUCCUCUACGCGAGUGGCCGUAACCCUUUGAACGGAGUAGUCAGGCAGGGAGGUGCGCCUGCUCCCUUAACACGAGGGGAGUUAGGGUCUUGCAUCCCCUGGGUAACUAGGGAUUAAACACUGUACACAAGUGACAAACUCAUGUGCAAGGGUAAAAUCCAGGGGGGGAAAAAGCGGAAACAGUAUUGCUACAAUAUAAUGCAACAAUACAGCGGGGACUACAUUGCAGAAGAAAGCGUUGUUCAUUCACAAAUCAUGGUGAUGACGUACAAAAAUUCUCCCCUGGGGAGGAACCAGAUCUGAUGCGCCAAAGAUGCAUGUACUUAUCUUGUCAUGCUCGGCAUUUCAACUUCAACAACCUCAUGCUAGCUAUGCUUGUUAUGCUAAUUGGGUGGCUGGGUGUCAAUACGCUUAAUACACUUAAGACUUCAAUAUGAACAAUGCCUUGAAAAUGCACUGUUUUGGUAGACAGCAGAAUUCAUGCUUCCCGGUACUGAAGCAGCAAAACAGACCCAGACCAUCAUACGACCUCCACCAUAUUUUACUGUUGCUAUGAUGUUCUUUUUUCUCAAAUGCGGCCUUACUUUUACACCCGAUGUAAUGGGACACAUACCUUCCAAAAAGUUAUUUUGUCUCGUGAGUAUUUUCCCAAAGGUCUUGGGGAUCAUCAUUUUUCUUUCUUUGUGGGGUCUUUUAUGACCUCUUGGAUGAGUAGUCGUAAUUUGGCUUGACCGGCCUCUCCUGGGAAUGUUCACCAUUGUUCCAUGCUUUCAGUAUUUGCAAAUAAUGGCUCUCAUUUUGGUUUGCUAGGGUCCUAAAGUUUUACACAUGGCUUUAUAACAUUUUCUAAUCUAAUUUCAGCUGAGAUGAGGUUUAAAAGGGGUGAGAGUCACUUUUUCUACACAGGGCCGUGUAGGAAAACUCACCAUAGUUUUGGUUGUGUACACUGCGAUUAAAAGCUGCUUUUUGCUGAGAUAGGUGAUGUUACACUGGUUACUAAUAAGGACCAAGCGCUAGGGCCUCCACAAUAACACUAGCUGUUGACAGUCAUUGUGUUUAUGUAUGUAAAGCAUCACCUAUAUGAUGUAUUGUGACUUUAUUACGCGUGCCUUUUGAAUCCCAUGAUCCUUUUGCCUUUUGUGGGGGCGUUGGCAUCUGUUGUUUACUAUUGCAGACCUUGAUUCAUGAUGGUUGACCCGGCCGCAGUGACGUACAAGGUCCACGUCGUGAACACUGCUCAGUGUGUGCUGGCUAGUUUGGCGGUGGUCUUAUCGGUGCUCAAGACGGUCAGCUGGAGGAGGAGGAUCGCCUCAUCUGUUAUUGACUUGAGGGUCGUGUUGAUGUUUUUUUUGUUUUACGCUGGAGAUCUGGCCAACGUGUUCCUCAUGGUCUCUGUGGGGACGGCGUUCUACUGGCUCAUGCUGUGCAAGGCUCAAACGCGGGUGACGUUGAGCUUUCCACAGCCUCAUGAAGAGGAGCACUUGGUGACAUACAUCAUUUGUGCCUUUGCUCUCAAGGCGGUCCAGUUCCUCCACAAGCUGGCCUUGCAGUUGUCUGUUGACGUCUUCUUUGUUGACUGGGAGAGACCACGCACCACAGCCAGCAAGGCCGUGCCAGCCAAGGGUCAGCAAAAACGUGAUCCCUGCCCCGUCAGCAUCUGGAGGACGUACUUUGUGGCCAACGAGUGGAACGAGAUCCAGACCAUGCGCAAAAUAUGGCCGACCUUUCAAAUCAUAUCUGUGCUCUUCUUCCUUGAAGUGUUGGGGUUCUCAAAGUUCACAAUCAAGGACCCCCUGCCUCUGACCCAGCAGCCCCCCCAGGUUUCCACACUUUCACACAGCCGCAUCCUGCGUUACGGCCUUGCGGCACCACUUUGGCUCGGCAUCGGGUUUCUCCAGGUCAUUGUGUCGGUCUUCUAUGAGAUUUGCGUGGACGACAAAAUCCGCCAGUUUGUGGAUCUCUGCUCCAUCAGUAAUAUUUCAGUGCUGCUCUUACCUCACCGCUGUUUUGGCUACUACAUCCACGGACGCUCAGUGCACGGCCACGCUGACAUCAACAUGGAGGAGAUGAAUAACAACCUGAGGAGAGAAGCGGAGUCAAGGUGUGGCCGACGAGGUCUUCUUCCCAACACGGACAUCCAGACCUUCCAGGUGGCCCUUUCCACCCAGCUGCGUUCCCAUUAUGACAGGAUCCAGGAGUCCUUCACUACGAGAUACAGACCAUCACGACUGAUGGACCCGGUCUUAGCCAACCAGCCCGAGCAAAACAUCCGGGCGUACCACACCAUGAACCACUUCCUGGCGUCCGUCAUCGAUCAUGCUCACCCUGACAUGGACUACUACGUGAGGGACAAGCUAACAUUGGAGAGGAUCAUGGGCAUGGAGUUCCUGGAACCGAAUGACAAGAGCAUCUUUUACAACGACGAGGCCUACACGUUCAGCAACGUGCUCUUCUACGGACAUGAGGGCACCCUGCUGAUUUUCGACACCUUAUUCUUCUGCAUCAUCGAUCUGGCUUGUCAGGAUUUCGUACUAGCGGCCGUGCUGACGUACCUGGAGCAAGUGAUUUUUAAAAGGAUCCGCCUUUGGCUCGGGAAGAAGAACCUGGCCUUCAAAAGUCAGGUGGAUGAGAGAUUUCUUUUGUAAUGACCAAGGUAAAUCAUUUGGAAUAAUAAUGAAAAGGUUCAUUUUUGAUUGCCGUGUCCCCUUUUAGACAGUACUUUUUUCAUUUCAGCUUCUUUAUUGUAAGGUUCAGUGUCAAAUAUGUCAAACACAUUAUUGAUUAAACUUUUUCAACUUUCACUGUAUUACAUUGUCUA